UCUCUGGAGCACGUGCAAGCAUCCUUGUAUUCGUAGGAGGAGGAGGAGAGGCGAACGUUUGAGAAUUGAGACGGGAAGGAGAAGACGAGACGGGUGGAAAUAUCAGGGUAGAAACUUGCUCUUUCUUGUGAGACAGAUUUCUCAGUUUGGUUUUGCAACAGUUUCCUCCCGAUUUUCCCAGCAGAUCGGUCCGACCCAUUGGUCUCAUACCGCUGCUGCCACUGCUGAGGAGAAGAUCAUCAUCACACAGUCAGUGUCACCAAAUUUACCCUCGCAGUUCCGACACCACUCUGUCACCGCUAUUCUCAGAUUCGUAUAUUUCUCUCCACUUUGGCGUUUGUUUCAUGGUCGUGAUAACCACAAUUGUGAUUACACCACUGCCGCCUCCUCCUUCUUCUUCUUCUUGCAGUGGAACAAGUCAUUUAUCUCGACGAAUGCAGUCUUGCUCACGACGAGGAGGACAAGGACAACCACGCUCAUUACCAAAGGAGGAGAAGAACAAGAAGAACAAGAAACUCGUAUCGUUUCCGCCUCCAUCCAACCAACUCAAACGGAGGAACGUACAUAUCCCUUCGUCGUCGAGUUCUGAAAUCCAGAGAGAGUUCUUUUCCCGUUUCAUGAAUUUUUGAGUUACCAAGUGUCUUAUUACUAGUUGGGGUGAUAGUUGAGUACAAGAGUUGAGUGGUGGACUUGAGUGUGGUGGAGGUUCAACCGGAGAAGCCUUAAUCCAAAUUAUUAUGCCUUUUGGUCCUCAUUGCUGGUAGAAUAAAGUGGAAAGCUGGCUAAUCUUAUCACUCACCCAGUCGGGCAGCGGUCUUGGUGGUGGUGUUGGUAGUGGUCGGUGCCGUAAGCGAUUUGUGCAAGCAGUGUGGAGAGAAAGUGAUUGAAGUGGGGAGAGCGAGUGAAAGGUCGACAUGGGAGACGGCGAUGAGAAGCUGGACGGGAGAAAGCAAGUGAAAGUCAGACCGGGCUCAACAAAACAUUUCUUCAAUCGUAUCAAAGUAUUUGUUGGCCAUUUCGGACUCUUUGUGGCCCUUAUCAUUUACACUGGAAUUGGAGCAUGGGUGUUCCAGACGUUGGAAGGCCCUUAUGAGAUUGAUAGAAAGACCACCCUCAAACAUUUACUGCUAGAAGGACGGACCAAUUUUACCCGCACUGUUUUAAGUAGUUCGUUAGAGGCUGACGACUUAAACUACACUUUCUCUCUGGCGUUGGAAACUUACGAUAAAAUAAUAGAAGAAGUCACUUCGGAGGGAAUGUCCGUGCUUAAUCCAGAAGUGAAAUCCGACUGGGAUUACAUUCAAUCUGCCUUCUUUGCUUCCACUGUUCUCACCACAAUAGGGUAUGGAAACAUGGCUCCGAAGACUCAUUCGGGUCGCGUCUUCUGCAUCUUCUUCGCCUUGAUAGGAAUUCCAUUCACUCUUACCGUGAUAGCGGAUCUCGGGAAAUUGAUGGCCUCCGCGGUCUCCUCCUCCUACAAAAGUUGUCGUCGCCACUUCCCCAAGGAAAUCAUCAAGUCGUCGUCGAAACUGAGUAAAUUCGGUGGAAAAUCUGCCACCGUGGGGGCCGCUGUGGGGUCGUUGCUCCUAUACAUUUCAGCAGGAGGAUACUUUUUCACGCUUUGGGAAGAAUGGAGCUUUUUUGACUCAUUUUACUUCUGUUUCAUUACAAUGACCACGAUUGGAUUUGGAGAUCUAGUGCCUGAAAAGACGACGUACAUGUUACUUUGCACGAUAUACAUCAUGGUCGGACUCGCAUUGACGUCGACGGCCAUUGAAUUAGUGCGAAUCCAGUAUGCCGACUCUUGGAAGAAGAUGCGAGAACUGUCCUCUCGUCUGCAAGGGCUUUCGGGACCAUUGGCGGAGUCACUUAAAAAGAUGGGAGGAAAUACUGGGCGAGCCAUAUACGGGGACAAUAUAAACCUGGACGUGAACGUGCUUCAAGACCUGAAGGAGUUGAAGAAAGCUCUGGCCAUGAGUUCGAAAGCGAUGAAACGGGAAGGCAGCAUUUGGAAAAAGUUUUGGGAAAAUGAAGACGAGUUCGACAUCGACAUGGUGGAAUCGGAUGAACCACGACUUAUUCAAAUCAUUAUUUACGAAUCAUCCGUCUAGCUUUGUUAGUUGUGGGGUUAUUUUAACGAGAUAAAAACUAUGGUGUUACACAUAUACGGCACGCACUGUUUUUCUAAUAAUGUCUCUUUUACCGUGGAUGAGGGAGGAGAGGUGUUUAUUUCUGCCAGUCUUACCAAAAACCUUAUCGGCUCAAGAUUCACACAGCUUGUAGCAAAAGCUGUGUGCCCAGCAGGACGACACGACCCAGUUCUGCGUACACAAAAAGUGAAACCCAUUUCGUAGAAUUUUGUUUGCCAUCUUUUUUUUAUGGGGACAAAAGUCGACGUGUAUUCGUAUCAUGUAUCAACAAAUUGACACCUCUCCUUCCCCUCCCGUGUUACGUACAGUAUGUAACAAAAGUAUAGCUACGAUGACAUAUUUUUUAUCUCGACAUGAUGCCGUAAUAUUUCAACUUUGAAACUCC